CAUGCUGUGGGGAUAGAUCUAACUUGUCCUUUUUAAUGCAUAGUAUAGAUAAACCUUUAUUUGUGGAAGUUUAGCUUAUUUCUGAUUUUUUCAUUUUUUUAAUUAAAAAAAAGUCACAAAGAAUAUUCUUAUAUAGUAAUUACAUUUGGGUACUCAUCCAGCUAUUGUCAUAGAAUAAAUUCCUAGGAUUGGGCCAAGGGAUAAGCAGAUUUAUCAUUUUGAUACAGGUAACUUUGCAGAAAGCUUACUAUAGAUGUGUGUGUGUGUGUGUGUUUGUGUACGCAUGCAAAUUAACAUGGUAUUUUUUGUGGUAUGAGGGGAAAGUAUAUCAUGCAUUUGGGUGUGGUACCUACUGGUGAUGUGUGUUGGUAUAUUCUAGCUUUAUUAUUCAAAAAAUUAACAUAUUAAAAAGUAAUGAAAUUGCAAACAUCAUCUUGGAACAGGAGAAAUCCUCCUGGUUUGGGAAAAUACAAGAGGGCAGUACACAUAUGUUUGCAUAGAAACUAGAAUUGGAGAUGAGGUAAUGGUGGUGGUGAUUGAGAAAGGGAUAUUCUGAAAUUAGUGAAGUCUUGGAAAGUACGUCUAGUGAAUAUUUCAGUGCCAAGAGGGAAGGAGAUAAAUCAUUUUAAUUUUAUUUUCCAGAAACUUUCAGGUCUUUGUAAAUUUUAUUUCUGUGAGGACUUAACUCUCAUUUUAGGGUAGGGGUCAGUGAGAAUGUUUACUUUACUGUCAAGUUAAAUGCCAGUUUUAUGAUCCAGUUUAUUAAUUCCAUGGCAAAUGUAUAUUCUUGACAGGAUUACGUUGUGGCAGCUGCUACAGACAGUGCACUCUGCAUUUGCAAAGGUUGAAUCCUUGUCACAUUUAACCGAAGAAUAAGGAGUAAGGUGUCCUUGAAGGACUUUUACCCCUCUGUUAAAAUAGAUAAAGCAGGAAACCAAAGCAACCUCAAUUUUAGUUUAAAAGUCUUCUUAUGUAACAUGUAGACAUCACAUUAAUUUAUCAGAAAUGAUGUAGUUCAAGCAAGACUCAGUAAUUCAAUGGUUGGUUUGUGUAGGCUAAAGAUGGUCUCUUGUAGUAAGAAAAGGUAAUUCAUAAUCACCCAUGACUAAGGGAGGUACUGUUAGGAAAAAAUAUAUAUAAUAGUUUUGAGAAAGAUGAAUGAAGUUAAAAGGGACAGAAUUGUUUUGAUUAAAAUUUUUGUUUUUAAUUAUUUACAGUAAGAACACUGUGUCAUCAUUUUUUACUUCUAGAUACAGCAAACAUUUGAUUACUUUCAUAAUCCUGGAUUGGUGCUUUUGGGGAUAGCUGAGCCUGAGUGCAAUCACCUUGUGUCAAAUAAAAGAUCCUUUGUAGCAUUAAUCACAGACAUAAUUACAUGCUGAAGGUCAUCUUUGUGAAGACUGUGAUUCUCCCCAGCCACUUACCAAGUUCCAAAUAGCUUUUCCCCUGGUUUCGGAGUAUGGAUUUCGUACCAGAAUCCACUCUUGAAGUUUACCUCAGUAACCUCAGGAAACAUUGGUGAUUUGUGAAUCUGGGACUACCUAUACUGGAAGAGUCGUUACAUCUAGUUAGGCUAAUAUUUGAAGAUAUGACCUUGAUGGGCACAGAAACUGCAUGGAAGUAAAGAAAAUUUAAGGUAUAAUUUGGCCUCCCGAGAUUCUGUCUUAGCACGAAGAAAGUGAAAAAUACUCUUGAAAAGAAAACUAAGACAAUAAGAAAGCAAGACUUGCUUUUACAUGGUUGUCAGCUCACUUACCAAUAUGGACACUUUUCCCACCAUUUUUCCUCCUGGUGGAGACAGUGGGCUGACCAGUUCUCAAUCUGAGUUCCAAAAAAUGUUAAUUGAUGAACGGUUACGAUGUGAACAUCAUAAAACUAAUUAUCAGACUCUGAAAGCUGAACAUACAAGGUUGCAGGAUGAGUACAUGAAGUCACAAAAUGAGCUCAAGCGCCUAUUAAAUGAAAAGCAAACUCACCAGGAAAAAUUUCAGCUGCUGCUUGAAGAGCUACGAGGGGAAUUAGUAGAGAAAACUAAAGACUUAGAAGAAAUGAAGCUGCAGGUAUUAAGUCCACAAAAAAUGGAAUUGUUACGAGCUGAAAUACAACAAGAGCUAGAAACUCCAAUGAGAGAAUGUUUUAGGCAUCUGGAUGAAGAAGUAGAAAAGUAUAGAGCUGAAUAUAAUAAACUUCGCUAUGAACAUACAUUUCUCAAAUCAGAAUUUGAACACCAGAAAGAAGAAUUUGCACGUAUUUUAGAAGAAGAAAAAAUAAAAUAUGAAUCAGAGAUUGCAAGACUGGAGAAAGAAGAAGAACUACAUAACCAGCUGCUUAGUGUUGAUCCCACAAGAGACAGCAAACGAGUGGAGCAACUUGUUCGAGAAAAAGUCCAUUUGUGUCAGAAAGUUAAAAGGUUAGAGGCUGAAGUAGAAGAAUUGAGAGCUGAAAAAGAAAAUUCUGGUGCUCAGGUAGAAAAUGCAAGAAUUCAGGUGCGGCAGUUGGCUGAGAUGCAGGCUACGGUCAGAUCCCUGGAGGCUGAAAAACAGUCAGCUAAACUACAGGCUGAACGCUUGGAAAAAGAGCUACAAUCAAGCAAUGAACAAAACACUACUUUAAUUAGUAAAUUGCAUAAAGCUGAACGGGAAAUAAAUACAUUGACCAGUAAAGUAAAAGAACUUAAACAUUCAAACAAACUAGAAAUAACAGACAUCAAACUGGAGGCAGCAAGAGCUAAGAGUGAGCUAGAAAGAGAAAGGAAUAAAAUUCAAAGUGAACUGGAUGGAUUACAGUCAGACAAUGAAAUUCUCACAUCAGCUGUUGAACACCACAAAGUGCUUUUAGUAGAAAAGGACCGUGAAUUAAUACGUAAAGUACAAGCUGCCAAAGAAGAAGGUUACCAAAAACUUGUGGUAUUACAAGAUGAAAAGCUAGAACUUGAGAGCAGAUUAGCGGAUUUAGAGAAAAUGAAAGUGGAACAUGAUGUCAGGAGGCAAUCUGAAAAGGAACAGUGUGAAGAGAGAUUGCGAGCUUCACAGAUGGCAGAAGAGUCGGCCAGGAGGGAACUUCAGAGUAUUAGGUUAAAACUUCAACAACAAAUUGUGAAUAUUGAAAAUGCAGAGAAAGAAAAAAAUGAAAAUUCUGACCUGAAACAGCAAAUCAGUAGUUUACAGAUCCAAGUGACCUCACUUGCACAGUCAGAGAAUGAGUUGCUGAAUUCAAACCAAACACUGAAGGAAAUGGUGGAGAGGUUAAAACAGGAAUGCCGAAAUUUAAGAAGCCAAGCUGAAAAAGCGCAACUAGAAGUUGAAAAGGCAUUGGAAGAGAAGCAAAUACAGUGGUUGGAAGAAAAGCAUAGGCUUCAUGAACGUAUCACUGACAGAGAAGAAAAAUAUAAUCAAGCUAAGGAGAAAUUGCAGCGAGCUGCAAUUGCCCAAAAAAAGAGAAAAUCUCUUCAUGAAAACAAGUUGAAGAGAAUGCAGGAAAAGGUAGAAGUCUUGGAGGCAAAGAGAGAAGAAUUAGAAACAGAAAAUCAGGUGUUAAAUAGACAAAAUGUUCCAUUUGAAGAAUAUACAAGGCUUCAAAAAAGACUAAAGGAUAUACAGAGAAGACAUAAUGAAUUUCGAAGUUUAAUUUUGGGUCCUAACAUACCUUCAACAGCAUCCAUCAAUCCUGUUAGCUUUCAGUCACCAACUGUGGUUCCAGGCAUGGAACUAUCCUUUCCUCCUCAUAUGCAGGAGGAGCAGCAUCAAAGGGAACUCUCUCUACUUCGCAAAAGACUAGAAGAACUAGAAACAACACAAAGAAAACAACUAGAGGAACUUGGAUUUCCUGGGGAAUGAUUUUCUUGGAGAAAAGGCAGAUCAAAAGGGAUGAAAUCAGUGACUCAAUAAGGCUUGAAGUUUUAACGUAUGUGGUAUUUAGAUACUUUAUUACUGUUUGCCAAAACACUUGAAUGUGCCUCAAGAGAAGGUACCAGUACAUGAUGUAUUGAAUGAAUGUCAGGAUUUUAGGGUUAUACUAAUGAUAAGUGAAGCACUAAAGCAGCUUCAGAGAUAUUUAGAAUAUUAUUGACAACCCUUUGAGAAUGUGAAAUAAAUGAACAAAUAAAAGGAACUCAUUAGGGAAUCAAGUUUUUAAAUUAUUUUAUUAAUCUUACUUUGUUGAGUUUUUUGGCAUUUUGCCUAAAACAUGCCCAUCUUGAAUUCCCUCUUCCUCUUCUUUGAGAUGCUUGGCAAUAACAGGGUCAGUGAACAUUUUCUGGUUUACUAUAUAUGAGUUAUAAACCUCUAGUUCUUGAAAAAUGACAAUUUUAAAGUUAGUAUAAAAAAAUAAAGAUCUCUAGAUAUAUAUUAUAAAACACUACCUUUUCUAAAAGCUGUGUGCACAUAAUUUAUUAAAGAGCUUAAAUAUUUUUCUAACUAUUGUUUUGUGUUUAAUUUUGCUUUAACCAUACAGUGUAGAAGAUCUCACCAAUUUUGGCUUAGUUGGGUUAGGAUUGAUAGAAAAUAACAGAGUACAAAUAAUUAAAUCCUGUGGCUGUAUAAAACAAGGACCAUUCAUUGUAAAACUUGAACCCAGUGGGGUCCCUUUAGAAAUAUUGCUGGUUUUUAACUUUGCCUCCUACUGUUUUGGAUCUAUUGGAUCUAACCAAACUGUUACAAAUGUUUUAUUUCUGUGUGUCCCUAAGUAU